AUGCCGGCAACUGCCAGUAGCGGCCCGCCGCCGCAACCACCCGUCCCAGACAACACCUCGCAAAACCCAACAAAACAGCGGAGUCGGCAGGAGUGUUGGGACAGUCGGGACGCGUUUUUCCAGUGCUGCACUGAGCAGAAUGAGGACCAAACAAAAUGCCAAGCGGAACGGAGUGUCUUCGAGGCCAAGUGCCUCCCCUCCUGGGUGCGGCACUUCGAGAUCAUGCGGUUCGGACCGGAGCUAGGGGGCGCAGGAGGUGGUGUGCGAAGUAAAAACGCAGCGGAUGUUGAAAACAAAGUCGGGCUUGCAAUGGAUUCCAAAAAUUACUUCCAGCAAAGUGUCCCGACGGGACGGAGGGACGAAGAGAAAAUGGCCAAAGUGAUGAACAAAAGUUGA